GAGGAAAAAAAAAAGGGGAAACCGGAUGUUGAGGGGCUGAGGCGGACGUUGGUCCUGUCCCGAGCGGAAGCGGAAGUGUGGAGGAUGGCUGUGGUGUGGUGAGCGGUGGGGCGAUGGCGCCGAUGGGGAUCCGGCUGUCCCCGCUGGGGGUGGCGGUGCUGGGCCUGCUGGGCCUCGGCCUGCUCUACCACCUCUACGCGGGGUUCCUGGCCGGGCGGCUGGGCCUCUCCUCGCUGCCCGGGGUCGGAGGGGAGAGCGGGCCGGCCGAGGUGGACCUGCGGGAGCUGCUGGCGGCCUCGGUGGCGGCGGCGGGGGCCGGAGGCGCCGAGGUGAAGCGCGUCCGCGAGGAGGGCGCCCUGGGAGAGCGGCGCAAGGAGGCCGGAGGGGAGGCGCCCGAGAAGCUCACCCGCGGGGACCUGGCCUCCAACCGCAAGAUGGUCCGCCUCCUCCGGGGGGCCUUCCCCACCCUCCAGAUAAAUUCCGAAGAACACCUUGAUGGAGAUGACCAGGAGAUAAUUUCUUGGGACCGCACCAUUCCUGAAGACAUAAAGAAACAAGUCCAGCCUAAUUUUGUACCAGCAGAUAGCAUCACGGUGUGGAUUGAUCCAUUAGAUGCAACUCAAGAAUAUACAGAGAACCUUCGCCAGUAUGUGACUACAAUGGUGUGUGCGGCUGUGAAUGGAAAACCAGUUAUAGGAGUAAUACACAAGCCAUUUACUGGAUACACAGCCUGGGCGAUGGUGGGCGGAGGAGCCAACAUCAAGGCACGGUCUUCCUACAACGAACAGACACCCACCAUCAUCGUGUCCCGGUCCCACGAAGGGAAAGUGAAGCAAGUCGCUUUGCAGACCUUUGGAAAUAAGACUGUGAUCAUUAAAGCUGGCGGUUCAGGGUACAAGGUCCUGUCCCUCCUGGACGUCCCCGAGGCGGAUCAGGAGAAUGCGGACGUCUACAUCCACGUCACGUUCAUCAAGAAGUGGGACAUCUGCGCGGGCAACGCGGUGCUGAGAGCCUUAGGGGGCCACAUGACGACUCUGGCGGGGGAGGAGAUCGACUACACGGGGUCCGUCGCCAACGAGGGCGGGCUCAUCGCCAGCAUCAACAUGAACCACAAGGCCCUGCUGGAGAAACUCCCCGUGCAGGACAAGCCUUCGCAGAACUGAGCCUGGGAAAGCGGAUCCGUCGAGUCUGGAAACGAUCCGUCGGAGGCGGAAACCGGCCUUGGGAACGUGCUGGUGCAUUUGGAAGACCACCGAUGAGCUCUGGCAGAUCGCUGGGACGCAUGAUGUGUCCAGAUGCAUUUUGGGGCUGUGUUUGGUGUCCAUAACAGAACUGAAGGAAUCCAUCUCUGUGCCAGUCAUAGCAGUACGAAUCUUGGGUCCGGUUACUCUUCACAUCUUGUUACGACCUCCUUUAAAUUGCCAAAUCAACAAUAAUAAUAAUUAUCUGGGCCAUUUGAACUCCAUGGAUGAAUAUCCUUCAUUCCUUUGGGAUGUGAAAUCUGAAGGAGACUGAGGAAUCCUUGCGUGACUCUCGUUCAUCUUGGGAACAACUUUAAACGACAAAGGAAAUACUUGGAUCUACUUUUAAUAUUUACCCCAAAAAAUGCAAACCAGCUUAAAUGUGGAUGAGAGUGUUAAGAGCUGUGUGGUUUUACAUUCAUGUACUUUAUUAUAUGUAUUAUUUUAAAAGAAAGCGUGUUCCCCACCCGUAUAGUUUCACGUGUUGAGCGUUACCAUUGCACUUGCUCCAGUUCUUAACCUUUGGUGUGGAGCUUACCUAUUUGUCACCUGUCCUUUGUUCAUUCAUGAUGAGAGAAAUGCAGGGUUUGGAUUACAAUCCUUGGCCAAAACAGACUUCUGAAAAUCCUCUCUCAAGUGUCGUGCCAGAAAUUGCAUUCCAGAAAUGUUACUCAGUCUGUUUCGAACUCUCAUCUGGUCUGUUGUGAUUUAGCACCUGAGUCUUGCAAACGGAUCUCUAAAAUCCCUCAAGAUGUGAGUGUCACUGAUAGCUUCCCUCCCUUUACAUUGAUCUGUGACAAAGAAGGCUGGCUUUGUUCUCUGAGGCUGGGUUGUAAAGGGUGUAGGCUAAUGCUGUAAACAAUUUAAAUCAACAUCAAACCCAUUUGAUGCUCUGAAUCCAGCCUCAAUGUCCCCUUUGUGAGGGAGAAAGUCAAGAAAAGCCCUUAGAUUUGACCCUCUGGAUGAUGUUACAAUGCCAUCUCCAGAUCUGUUGUCUCGGUCUUCCCUGCUGAUACUACUGUCUCUCAAUGUGUGAUUACUUGAAUGUUUGGUGAAUGCUGGGUCAGAAAAAUAGGCCAGUGUAUGUGCAACUCACAGAAAAACCCCCCACCAUUUUACUUUCUGUUUCAUUGCAGAGAUACUCUUCUUCCUCUGUGUUUUUGGUAGUAUGUUAACUUAUUUUGGUCACUUGGAAAACAAAAACAGCUGAUUAGUAAAAUGAAGUGCAGCCCUGGGUUGACCUGUCUGCUCAGAACUAAGUCUCGUCGUUUUCAAAUGAAACAUUUUGGUUAAAAGUGUAAAAACUGACCUCUCCAACGGUCAGGGGACUUUGUUUUGUUUACGAAUUUAUGACCACGAAAUGCUCCCGGAAGCCACUGUCCCCAUCAAGACAGAGAACUCUUCGCGAUAUUGAGACAGAACAAGUGCCAAGAGGUCAGUGUUGGGUCAGAAAUGCUGCCCAAGCAGGGCUUAAUGGGAAGGAUACUUUCACCAAAAAAAAGUGUUCAGAUCACACAGCUUCUCUUCAAAAGUAUUGAUUUGCAGUUCAUUUCCACUCUGACAUAAGACUGUUUGAAAAUUAAAUGCUUUGUAAUGGA